AUGACGUCAGUGGAGUGGGGUUAGCUCGAGCUCUUUCCUGUUCAAUUAUAGAGUUUUAAUGUCUGAGGAAGAGCUUUCUUUGUAUUAAAGGUAAGCGAAUUAUACAUUCACAUAUAAAUUUACACUUAAUACCCACAAAGCUGCUCAAUUAAACAAUGUCAGGCGACCAUUUAAUGAAUUAAUGUUUGGCCGUUGGUCAGCAAAUCUUGCUAGCUCGUAACAACAGCUAACAAAGGCCAGUCAUCUGAACGGCACAGUUGUGUCAGGGAAGCUUUUAUUUUCGCCUCAUGCACAAUAAACAUUUAUUCAUGAAAGAAAAUAAAUACAUUCAAGAUAAGCAAGUCAUGAAAAGUACAAAAGAAUUGUUUAACUAUUACAGAACAUUAAAAUUCUAUUUGGCAGAUGAUAUUAUGUAAGCUGAGUACGCGUCUUCUUAUAAAUCCGAACUGUAAACUUUGUUUUAUUGUAAGCCUUUUCUCUGACUUGGUGUGCGAUUAAUAUUAUAUUUGUUUGAUUUCAAUUUGCUUGUUCCAACUUCUUGAUGUAACUAUUCACCAGCUGGCUUUAUCCGUAUUAUUUAUGUCUGAUUUGGUCUGCUCUUUGCAAUACAGGUAAAGCCAAGACUCAGUGGCUGUAUGGCUCUUGCCCACAUUCCAUUUAGAUGUCCAAGUGCCUCGAUGACCAGCUGAGAUGUUGUACCCAGAUGACUAUGUGUUGUCCUUGGACAAUCUGUUUUUUGAGAUACCUAUUGCCCACGAAGCGUGAGUACAAAUACAUUUCCCCACAUCAUACUUACUUUCCCUUCUCUAACCUGCACUACUGCUGUACCUUUUGGAUUGCAUUUGACAGGAUGCCAGUGCACCAGGAGGCCAGUCCAUGGCAGCUCGAAGCACCUCCAUCUCUUUCUCAGAUUCCAGACACACAAAACAUGGAGAAGGAGGCAGAGACCAUCUCUUCUUUUUACAGUAUGUUAUGCUCUAGAUGCUCUUUUUUUUUUUUACUUGACUAAACUGCUCAUUAUCAAGCAUAUUGAAGCCAGGCUAAAUUUAUCUGUGUGACUCAGGGCCGCCAUAGCAUGAAUAGGCUUGAAAGCGCUCCUAAUUUUCCACAUAUUUUGUAAACAAAUUUGGAUCUUAGGUUUUAUGAUAUGUUCUCAUAAUCAUUUGACUGGGAUGGUUGAUUCCCUGCUAUGAAUACAUUUCAUCAGAAAAUCAACCAGCAAAAUACUACCCUAAUGUUGCAGUACUUGCUCGUUUAUCUGACCAAAUUACAGCUGUUACCAACUUUGUUUAAUAAAACUUCCAUUGCCAACACAGGAUUCUCACAGAAACCAAAGAAAUUCCCACCUCCCUUUAAAGGAUCAGCUGGCUUAAAGGUCUUACCAUCAAAAAUAAACAGUUCCCACAGUUAUACGGAUGACGAGAAAGAGAUUGAAAGUCAAGGUGGCAGCAGCACCAGCAGAUGUGGUGGUCUUUGGGAAGGUGAAGAGUUUAGGGCUUACUCUCAGGGUGCCUGUCAGAGAGUCAGAGGUGGAGAUGAAACUCUACUGGACUCGGCUUAUACAUCCGUCCAUCGAACAAGUUUGCCUCUGGAUCCAUGUCCUCAGAGAAGGCAGGUAUCAUGUUAAGAUGAUAUUUUAAUGAAUGUGUGCAAUUUGGUUCAAGACUCAAGUAAAAGUAUUUUCUGUUUUCUUAAAGACAAUACAUGAUAGCAUAAAACAUGCUAAAGAUGCUUUCAGAUGCAUCAAGGCCUAUAAACAAACCCCCAAGCUUAAAGAUACUACUUCCCCUCUCGCUCUACUCCUUCACUGAUUCUUGAUUCCCCCCAUAUCGACUUCUCCCACCUACAACAGCUUGUUUAAGGUUCAGGUGUUUAACAAUGGAGGGGACUCGUCCAACACAGAUGACCUCGGCAGCAGCAGUGGCAGCAGCCAGACAGCAUCGAGACCUCAAACUUUUCCCAGUCAGGUUUCCAUGGCGACUGCACCUCCUCCUCCUGCUCUUCAGCCACCACGGGCGACAGUUGGCCAAGCAGCUCCUCCUUUCUUCCUCGGGCCCCCCUUCUCACCCCUUCCUGUGGGCUCAUCUGCAGCGAGUGGCCGACCCCCGCAGCAGGCAGCACAUGCUGAGAUGCAGGACAAGGGCACAAAGAGAGCCUACGUUCCGCCCAUGACGCCUCAGCCGCUCUGCUUAAAAGGUUGCUGCACUGCAUAGACACAGUCACAGACAGGUGCUCUGAUCACAGCCUAUGACUGUUUUACAAAAUAACACUCGUGUAGCUUCUGUACAGUGUUGCAGCUAAUGAGCAUGCACGUGUCUAGCCAUGGCAGCAGCUGCCACAUUGUGUUUGGGUGUGAUGAGGUGAAAUGAGGUGAGCUCCCCCCAUUGACCACUUCAUUGUAAUGAAACAUGCUGGUCACUAGGUGGUGGAUAAAAACAUUUGAAGCAGAAGAAAACAUACAAACUUUUGCAACCAAAGGCAUAUAGGUGUAGGUAUAUAUAGUUAUUUAUGUUUUAUUUACUUAAUAUUUUUUAGGAAGAAGCCUUUUGAAUACCUUUUAAAACAUAUUUAUUUUAAAAUUAAAGUGAAAUAUCUGGGAGUGCAAAAUUAAAGUGCAGUUUUUCAUUUUUAUUGUGCAAAUUUCAGGAUCUUCUGAAUCUGGAGUUCUGCGACCAGUUUCUGAAAUACGUAUCCUUUUUAGUGAUGUAAAAAAUUUAGAGUUAAUGAACGAUGUACACUGUAAUUUCUCAAGUGAUAUAGUUUGAUGUCUUAAACCAAGCUCACACAGCCGCUAAAUUCAGAUCCGUCUUCAGCAACUUCCCCUUUUUCAACUAUGUUCAGUCCAAGGCGCUGGAUGAUGUAAGCAUUGUUUUUAACCAAGUUUGAGACAGAGGAUUGUGAAUAACACAGUAGUGUUAUCUUAUUAACAGUGUUAUCUCACAGUAUCUUAUUAAAAUCUGUCAGAACUUAACAGCUGUGGGUAUCUGCUGUGGUGCAUUUAUAUUUGGUUUGUUUACAGGUUCUUUAUACAGGAAAGAACUUUGUGGCAUGUGCUCCUACUGGAUCUGGUAAAACUGUUCUAUUUGAGCUGGCCAUCAUACGUCUGCUGAUGGAGACAUCAGAGCCUUGGACAGAUGUCAAAGUUGUCUAUAGUGAGUGUACCAUUGUGAAUACAUUUAUCAACAAAGCUCAAGUAUAAGUACAUGUGACCUAGACCAAGUUUUCACACCCACAAGAUAUAUGACAUUAAAGCUGAAACUGUUAUUUAUUUAUUUAAUUUUUAAAAAAUUGUUUCCAGCCAUUGACACUGUCUUGUAGAAUUAUUUUUGUUUGUUUGUUGUUGCCAGUGGCCCCGAUCAAAGCUCUGUGCAGUCAGUGCUUUGAGAGCUGGAACAAUAAGUUUGGUCCUCUGGGGCUGAGCUGUAAAGAACUGACGGGUGACACACAGAUUGAUGACUUCUUUGAGAUUCAGAACUCCAACAUCAUCCUGACCACUCCUGUGUGUGAAAUUGAACUCCUCAACUGUAUGACAAAAUAGAUAGAUAGAUAGAUAGAUAGAAUGUAUAAAUUCACCACAAUUACCAGCAGUUACUUAAAUUCACAGUAUUGAUAUUUUUUACAGGAAAAGUGGGACAGUAUGACAAGAAAAUGGAAGGACAACUGUCUGCUACAGCUGGUCAGGCUUUUUCUUAUUGAUGAGGUCAGUGUGCCUGGAUGAUAUUUUUUUUCAUAUGCCCAUUUUAUACGUACAUAAAGUUUAAUAACCUGCAAGAUUGGAGAUGCUCUCUAUACCAGCAGAUAUUUCUUUCUAAAUGUGUGUUUAAUUAUGCUACAUUGCCUGAUGGUAUGUCAUUAUUCAAUGUACUCAGUGUUCUAAGCCUUUGUGUUGUUAUCUCGUGUGCAACCUGUCUACUUAUGUCAUUGUGAUUAGUACUUUCUGAUGUUCAUCACAGACUCUAGUGGUUGAAGACAGUUUGAUUUUAUCUUACCUAAAUAACAUCACAUUGUAUUCUCCCAGGUGCACGUGGUGAAAGAUGCGACCCGCGGUGCCACUCUGGAGGUGGUGGUGAGCAGGAUGAAGACCAUCAAUGCCUACAGAACAGCACAGAGUCCAGAGAAAGACCUCCGUAUGAGGUUUGUGGCUGUAUCAGCCACCAUACCUAACAUCUAUGACGUAAGCUGAAAACAAAAGAACAUUUCAAAAUUAAACAUUAUCAAAAGGGAAUCUGUUAAUUGUAGGUAACUGUCUUGUCAUUCAGUAUAUAAAAACCUAGGGACAGCUGGUCAAAUGUGUCCGUGUUGGUUUUGGAAAAUAAUAGAUGUGCCCGCCUGUUAUUAGAUAGCAGACUGGCUUUCUGAUGAGAGUGGCCCAGCCACAUAUCUGGACAUGGAUGAGAGCCACCGUCCUGUUAAGCUGAGGAAAGUAGUGCUGGGAUUUCCCUGCAGCCCAAACCAAACAGAGUUCAAGUUUGACCUGUCUCUGAACUACAGGAUGGCCAACAUCAUUCAGACAUACUCAGAGCAGAAGCCUUCUCUUGUGGUGGGUUGGGCAAAUCUAUGUAAUUCCUUUUUGCAUGUCCUAUGUAGGGUGGUGGGAUCUUUGUCUCUGUAGUUGAAUGAUUAUUUUCUUUUGUAGUUUUGCUCCACAAGAAAAGGAGCCCAGCAGUCAGCCACAGUUCUGGCCAAAGAGGCUUGCUUCAUAAUGAGCAUUGAACAUAAACAAAGGUAUGAUUUCACCUGUGACCUAUCAGUCAAUUAUUAACAAGUUACUUUCACAGAGAGCGUGAUCUUUUCUCUGAUGGUUUUCACUUCAUAAUCUAUCUAGAUUGAUCCAAUAUGCUAACUCCAUCCUGGAUUCCAAACUUAGAGGUAAGUGCUCUUGGAAAAAAAAAGUGAAGACUCCCCAGAUACAGAUUCUUAGACCCUCUUUGCAGGGUCAUUUUCAUUUGAUUGUUGCUCUGUUGCUGUAUAACUGUGUUUUUUGUGUUUGGUCCGUCAUCCAGAUCUGGUGAUGUUAGGUGUGGGUUUCCACCAUGCAGGAGUUGACUUGUCCGACAGGAAGUUGAUAGAAAAGGCCUUCACUCUGGGAGACCUGCCUGUCCUCUGUGAGACUCUGUUGCUAACACAGUUUGGUUUAAUGGAAUUGUAAAUGGAUAUGUAACUGUAUAAGCAUGCAACACGACCUGUGCUUUUGUUUUCUUUGUGUCACAGCACACAGGAAUGACAAGUGUGUCAGAUUAAACUAAUGACUCUCAUUGUCCUUCACUUGUAUUGAGUUUGAACAUCAGUAGGUGUUCGUACAAGAUUGAGUCAAAAAUGCAUUGUAAAGACAAUUCAACUGGAGAAAGUUAUAAAAAAUAAUUUAGAAUUAGCAAAUUUCUUCACUAUCUACUCAAUAUCUACUGAUAUACACUAUUUUUUAAAAUUCUGUUUAUACAAGAGGAAAAAUUCUGAUGACAUAAUGGAUUUGUUUUAUAUUUCAUAGCCACUCAAAUGAAUUGGUGCUAUUGUAAAUAAAAAUAUACCUGCAUAUUCACUCACCAUUUUCCAAAAACAAUCAGUCUUUUACUGUACGCUGGUACAAUUUGAAAUCUGUGUCUGUAUUUCAUCACCACUGACCUGCUGCUUGUGGUCUGAUUUGUUGUACAUCCCAGUUACCACCAGGACUCUGGCCAUGGGAGUGAACCUACCAGCUCAUCUGGUGGUAAUCAAGUCCACCAUGCAGUAUGUAUCCGGCGCCUGUGAAGAGUACAGUGAGGCUGACCUGCUGCAGAUGAUAGGAAGAGCUGGAAGACCGCAAGUAAUGCCGCAAAAACACAAUGCUGAUUUAUCUUUUAAAUGCGUGGUGCACAAUCAUGAAGCAAGGAACAGAUCUGAGCAUUAUGCCACUUGGACUUAACUACUUUAACGGGUCAUUUUGCAUUGUACAAAAGUAUUUUUAAAUAUUUUUUCUUGUCUACAUCAGUUGUUCCCGACUUUUCUUUCUUUGAGAUCCCCUUGCAUUUAGAAAAGCAAGAAAUCACCCAAACCCAACAAUUUAAAUAAAACCAAAAUACUACAAAACCAACACAACACAUAAAAAAAACAUAGAAUGUUUUCAAAAUGUUUGGGAGGCAGGGGACUAAAGGAGCCGCUGCUGUUGUCAGUUAGAAAUCUGCUGAUGGACUGUCGCUUAGACUUUUCAAACAGGAGGAUGCUGAGUGCCCAACCAAUCCGAAUCGUAAUGCUGAAGGCUCCUCCUUCUAGCCAAUCCAUGACCUCCACCUGAUGAUUUAUACACAUGCACACGCACUCACACAGAUCCACACAAUACACAGAGCACUCACUCCAGCACAAACACAGCAUGGAGAAAAAAAUUACUGCUUAACUCAAAGUAACACUACAAUAAAUCCAGAGCUGUAAUAACAUAUUUUAUUUUGACAACCUAACAGCAGACAAAGCCUUAUGCCCUUUAAGAUCAGUAUUAGGUUGGAAACCAGUGGUCUAGAUAACUAAUGAGAACAUGAUGUUUGCCUUCAAGGAUUGCAUCUGCUAGCAGCUGUUAUAAAGUCUGUGUAGACUGCAGUAUACUAUCUCAAGGCCAGUGUGUCAGACUAAUGUAGAUCUACAGUAAGUGCCUCUUUUUGUAAGGCGAAGAUUGUGAUUGAAACAGUAAGACAGCAUGACGGAGAAGAUUUCUCAAGAAACAAAAAUCUUCAAUGCACAGCCCUUUUUGAAUCUGAAACUACUUUUGACAAAGAUUAAUCUCAAUUUACCAGCGUUCAUUGACAAAUACAGUCAAUGGUCUGUAGGUUGGUUUGUGUUGUUUUUUUGUUGAACUCCGACCCGGUUAACCCUGUAAAAAAAUCAGAUGAGUCCAUCUUGUUGAAGUAGUAGUAAUAGACCAAUAACUCCACCUCGCUGGGAGGUAAAAUUAUUGUUUUUGUCAGUGGUGUAUGGUGUCUUAUAAAAACGUGGAAGGAAACCCUUUGGGUAAUGAUGCACAUUGAUCAUAAAAAAGUGAAAAUAAUUAAAAGGUGUCUCAGGCUGUUACUGUAUGAAGGUAGAGGGUGUAUGUCUACGAUCAUGGAAGUACAUUUGUUUUUCUGUCCUCUAGUUUGACACAACAGCCACUGCAGUGAUCAUGACCAAGAUGCAAACCAAAGACAAAUACAUGAAACUCAUGAGUGGGAUGGAAAUCAUUGAGAGCAGGUAUGAAAGCUCAUUCAUCUUUCUCUUUUUCUUCCUCUGUCUGAAUCAUCCUGACCCCUGCACUCUCACAGGAGAGAGAUAAUACAGUAUUGCACAAGGUAACAGUAUACUUCUUUCCUUCAGCUUGCACAGUCACCUGGUGGAGCACCUGAAUGCUGAGAUUGUUCUUCAAACCAUCAGUGAUGUCAACAUGGCUCUAGACUGGAUACGCUCCACCCUCCUCUACAUCAGAGCACUCAAAAACCCCACACACUACGGUCAGGACUCGAGGCACACUCACAGGAAAUUAAGUCUUUAUAAAUCAGUGUCCAGUUUCUUUGUGUUAACAGUUUGCAUUUUCAGUCAGUGCAGCGUGUGCCUCAAAUCUAAUUUCAGGUUUCUCAGCCGACUUGGAUAGAUAUGGAAUUGAAGCAAAAUUACAAGGUGGGCCAUGCAUGCUUUGCUCUCUGAAGCCUUUGUAGUGUUUGCCAAUGACUUUGAGAUCUUGUGUUAACACAGAUUACUAACUCUGCCACACAGUAAAAAUGGUUUAUUGACCUGAGGUUUAUUGUCCUGUCAUUUCAUAGAACUGUGUCUAAAGAAUCUCAACUCUCUGUCCUCCCUGGGUCUGAUUGACAUGGAUGAAGAUAUCAACAUCAAACCAACAGGUUUGGAGGGAAUUAUAACCAGUUGUUUGCAAAUUGAUUAAUUUUCACCUCUUUUGUUUAUUCUUGGUUCAUGUCGGCAAAUGAUGUAGAUUUUAAUGAUAGUCAUCUUUGUCAUACUGGCAAAAUGUUAAAGAUCAAACUGCUCAAAUGUUUGUUUUUCCUUGCAGAGGUUGGCAGGUUGAUGGCGAGGUACUGUGUUGCCUUUGACACCAUGAAACUGUUCAGCAAAGUGGCUGGCACUGAGAGCCUCUCUGACCUGGUGUGCUUCUUAUCUGAUGCAUGAAUGUAUUUGAAUUAGAAUAGUUUCUAAUGGUAGAAAAGUGACAGAUCAUGUUACCUGUAGCAUCUGUAUUUAGAUGCUACGUAAAAGUAAUGAUAGGUGGAAAUGAUUCUAAUAGACAGUGUCUGUAUGUACAGAUCGAGUUGGUGUCAAAGAGCAAAGAGUUCAACGACAUUCAGUUGAGAGUAAAUGAGAGGAGGCAGUUAAACACUUUAAACAAGGACAAGUACAGGGUCACCAUCAGGUCUGAGUUAUUUCAUAAACUAACAAUUUUCGAUGUUUCAUCGUAACCUUUUCUUACCAGACAUUUGUAUUGUAUUCUUUAAGGUUUCCUAUGGAAGGAAAGAUCAAAUCCAGCGAGAUGAAAGUGAACUGGUGAACUUUUUUGCUCAGUGCUUUUCCUUUGUAAAAACAGAGGAAAAAUUGCACCUAAAUUGAUAUGAUUCUAGUUUAAUGGACUGACUGUGAUUAUAUGUUUGUUGCUUCAUCUCCAGCUUAAUUCAGGCUCAGUUGGGUUCCAUUUCAAUCCCAGAGUUUGGACUAACACAGGACACGGCGAAGAUCUUCAAGAUUGGGAUGCGCAUCAGCAAAUGUAUGUUGGGUAUCAAUAGGAAUACAACAUACAACAAUCAGAAAUAAUGUUCCUCUGACUACGUGUGUUCACUUGAUAAUGUUUUGACCUAAUCAGGCCUGUCAGAGUUUGUGAGUCAGACAUCCAAGACUUCUUUUUCUGCUUUGCUCAACUCCCUGAUCCUGGCUAAAUGCUUCAGAGCCAAGCUUUGGGAAAACUCACCUUAUGUCUCCAGACAGCUUGAAAAGAUAGGUUGGACACAUUCAAAGUUCAAAUAUUAAUAGAAAUAUCUUUUCAUACGGCAAACUAAACAUGAUAACUUUGUAAUAACUCACCAUGUGUUUCAGGCCCGACAUUGUCAGCUGCCAUGGUGAAUGCUGGACUCACCACUUUCAGCAAAAUACAGCAAACCAAUCCUAGAGAGCUUGAGCUGGUCAGUCAGUCAAAAAACACACACACACACUCUUAUUGUUUGUGUAAUUUCUUUGACUCAUUCCAUUUAAGUGUGGUUUAAACUGAAUCAGGAGUUACAAUGAAAUGUCAGCAAAUAAUUGAGGCGAAGAGGAGUACUGGCGGUAAUCAAACAAUAAUUGACUGCUACAAGAACCAGAAAGCAAAAGACCUGUAAGUACCCUUUAUCUAAAAACAAAUUUUAACAUUUAUGAAUUUACUUAGAUUCUCAAUAGACAUCCUCCAUUCGGGAACCAGAUCAAGGAGUCGGCUGUCCAUCUCCCAAAGUAUGAAGUUAAACUGGAGCAGGUACGAUGUUGAGCACAGUUUAUGCCCAGCGAGCUGUUGUUUCAGUUGAGAUUUCACUGUACAGCUCUGUUGCACCCUUUUUCUCUUCAUUGUUGGUGUUUUUUUUUUAAGCUGCCAAGAUAUGGUUGUAACACAGCUGAGAUUGUGGUGAAGGUGAACCUAACAAACCAAGCUCAGCUGCUGUCCAGGAGAACGGCUCCAGACUACCACUAUGUCUCUCUUAUUGUGGGAGAUUCAGACAAUAAAGUGGUCUUCCUACAAAAACUCGCGUGAGAAAAAUAAACAAGCUCCUACCAGUUUUUACUGAAAACCAGAGCUCAUACUUUUGAAAAUCAAAAGUGGAUUGAUUUUCAUCAGACACCCUCUUUUUCCAGGGACUUUGUGCUGCUCAAGUGUGGCAGCUGGUCAAAGAAGAUCGAGGUAGCAAAAGCCUCAAAAGGAGCAGAAAUCAGCAUCAGUCUUAUCAGCUCAGAAUACGGUAAAGAUGGAAGCGUCUUUGCUCCACACAUAAAAACCUUGAAACAACAUUUACUGUCAUUCUUGCCAAAAAAUCGAUGACUUAAUAACUUCUUAGUGCAGUUUGGGAAAUGCAGUCGCUGUAAAUUCAGGCCAUUUCCUCUCCUAUAGUGGGCCUGGACAUCCAGCAGAAAUUUAGCGUUUAUUACUCUGAAGCCAGGAGGUUUCUAAGAGAUGAUCCAUCCCAUACAUCAAACGAUCUGAGUGGACAGAGACAGCAGCACUCUAAACUGCAACCACUACCUUCAGUUCAGGCUGAAGCGCUGAGGGAAAAUGUUGCAUCUGCCACAGAGUCAGGUAUUUCACCACAGCAGUGUUACUGAUGAUUCUGCCUAAUAUGAAAUACUCUUUAUUGGAAUGAGCAUACAACCAUUUAUAAAAUGUAUUUUUUUUCUCAAAUACAAUAAAAUGAACCAUCAGAUUUAUGCAACAAGAGACAGUGCAACCACUUCUGCAAGAAUAAAGAUCUCUGUGGUCAUCCCUGCUGUGAGUACGAACCAUCAGUUUUUUUAUUUAUGUCUUUCAAGAGCUCCUAUGUCUUUAUUGUGAAUCAGAGCUCACUUGUGCUGCAUUCCCAAGGUAAAGAAGGUGUAAGUGUUGCAUUGAAGAGGUCAGCAAAUCAGGAAUCCAGCUUUUCUUCAUAUCUGAGCGACCUGAAGAGCAGAAGCGAAACGCUCGCACAGACCCCUGUCAAACGACUCAAGGUAAGGUAAAAAGAAGAUGUGAUUCCUGGAGUCAGCACGCACCUCAGUCAUUCACCCUGCACAUUGCUGCCACAUACAAAAACCAAAGAGCUGCUCACCUCAAACUUGCCAAACAUCAAUGCGUUGUGUGCAAAAGGUCUAGCGCUCUGAAGAUCGAUCACAUUAAACAUGAAAGGAAAAUAUUCCCUCGCUCUGAUGCAGUUUUUUAUGCCCAUAAAAAAAACACCUACUUUGCCUUGCCUUGCACUCACAUUGAAUCUGCAGGAAGAGCUGAUGAGUCAUUGUGAAGUCAUGACUGGUUAAGAUCAUAUGAAAAGAAAUGUCAAUGAUGGAGGAGCUGCAUGUUUACAGAGAAAACGGAGAAAUAUACCAGCCAAGUUAAAAAAAAACAUACGAUAAUAGGAUCAGAAAAAAAUGUCACAGAUGACAGCAUUACACAGUAUAUGUUGGAGGUAUUUCACUGUAUUCUAUGAACAAGUAUGUGCAACGAUAAUAUGCAUUCCAUAUACAUACAGAAGAAUCGACGCAUGAAGAUAUGAAGCUUCAAAGUUUGAUUUUGCAUUUGAUUUACAGGGUUGAACAUGCAGGUUAGAUACAAUAUGUGUUUUAAAGUUCUUUCUAAAUUCCUGACUGGUUUAUGACACCCAUUGAGUCAUUUAAAUGAAACCUCGUGAACUAGAUGAAGAAUUAGGCUGUCUCUUUACUCUAUACAGCAUAUCUUGUUAUGGGUAUUUACUUUGUUAUUGUAUUGUAUGCUGAUAUGGACAUUCAGAAAGCACUCGCAGGAACAGAGUGAGAAAAUAUGUGAAAUGUUUGUCCCGGGGGUUCAUUAUAGGAGAUGUAAGUGAACUGACAGUUUGCGAUACAUUACCAGGCUGGCUGUAAAUAGAGACAAGAUCUGCAUGGAUACAUCCUCUUUACUUUCUCUAGAAUUUUGGCCACCCUUCUUUGGUUGGAGGUAUAGAUAUCCUGAUCAUAGGUCAAUCUGACUAAUUUAUCGCUAUGGCAACAACUCAGUUAAACAAGAUGUGGUAGCCACAAGGAAUAAUAUGGAUACGAGAGGUAUGCAGUACACACCACUAUUUUAUUUGUUCAUUUUCAAGUGUUGGUAGAUGAUAGGUGACAUGCAUUUUCAAACUAAGACAAUAUUUAUAACAGCCACUUUGGAAGAUUUGAGAUAUUUGUCUUUGUCUGGUUUCUCUUUAGGAUUUAAGCAAUUCUGUGUUGUGCCAAAAAUUGCCUCUUUGGGGACAUUUACUGUAUUUAUUUUUUAAUUGUUACAUAAGCAAUACAUGGUCAAUUUUUGAUUGUCUGUGGAGCUUCGAAACAAUCUUUUUGUUUUAAACAAAGCUGACUGAGUGAGUGUUACAUGCUUUCUUUUUUUUCCAGAUGAGAAUGAGCGAAGAGUUAGUGUCUGUCAACAUGCAAGAGUUUUCUUACAAACCCAAAGAGAGGCUGCCAACUGUGUCCAGGUAUUCACACAGAUAUUUCAGACUUAUUUUGCUGCAUGAGUAAAAAACUUCUGACAGCUGUUUCAAAUGAGACAGUUUAAUAGUGGAACGAUAAAACUUGUGAAAUUUUGCUUAUUUGUGAAUCCUGUCUAUUUCCAAAUUGUUUUUAAUGAAGGUAUGGAGUAAAUCUCUAUGAAGAUGCAUUGACACCUCACACUGAGAUUUUGGAUCUGAAAGGAGGUGACUUCCCUGACGCUGACAUUGGUAAGCAGGUGUGAAAUAUAUUAACAUGAUUGGUGGCUGUUUUUCCUGUCUUCUGUCAUAUUUCUUCUUUUGAGGUUAUCAUGAUCACCUGGUGGGUAUGAAUGUAAUAAAGUAACCUGUCAGGAAACCCACCACAACUCGUGCUCACUCUCAAAGUAUUGUCAUUUCUCAUCUGUGUUUAGGUUCCUCAGUGUGGAUGAACGAUGAACCUCAAAACAAGAAGCAUUCUGUGAACCAAAUCAAUUCAACAAACUGUGCCAACUCUAAAAAGUCCUCUGUAGUGUCAGUCCAGGGUUCUCACUGCAAAAACACACCAUACUCACAAAUACCCACUGUGAGCUUUGACCUUGGAGAUGAAUGGGACGACUGGGAGGACUUUGAUGAUGAGAACCUCUUGCAUGUCAGCGCUGCUAGUGCUAAACCUGAGAUCCAGAAGCCUGUUGACCACAACAAGCCUGGUAGAGUGGAGUUUGAGUUACAGCUAAUUCAUAAGAGGGUGGAGAGAUACAAGGACAUCAUUGACGCACACACAGAGAGGUCUUUUUUUUCCUCAGGAAUAGUUGUUAGGGGUUAUUGACUUUAACAUAGUUUUCAUUUGUAGGCCUUACUGCUAAAGCAACACCAAUGCUUCUCCAUCAGCAGUGUGUAACCACCUCUGUGAGAACACCACUGAGGUAAGGCCACAAAGUAAUAAAUAAUGCAUGACAUACAUCCAGUUACAUCCAAGAAUCAUGGAGGUUUCAUAUUGUAGCCAAGGCUAAAACAAACAUGUCCUGUUUUACCCUUUCAGGUCAAUUUCACCAACUUUAGGUCCUGAAUUUAGAAGACCCUCAUCAUCAGUGAGACCACAGAAUAGACUCACACUCGACUGCAGUAAAAAGGUUUGGAUUCCCACAUUAAUCCAUGCAUGUUCUAAUUUGGCAUUUACAUUUAAGAGGAGCACAUGGAGGCUCCCACGGGCUUUUUCAGGUUGGUAAAUGUGAAUCUCAUGUCGUGGACAAGGGGGAAAUGAUACAUUUCUAGCCAGUCUGUUUACCACAUAGUUUUUUGAGACAGUUUCACUCAGCUGUACGAGCGGUCAUAAAAGAAGAGAAAAACUCUUCAUGAUUGGAAAUAUUCUAAAUGAUAAGCAGCAAACUACGAUCCCAAGCUUUACAAAGUUGCUUGUAAAAAGCUUUCUAAAAUCUUAACUUUUGCUCUGUGAGUUGUUGAUGUUUGCUCCUCUUUCUCUCUGUGCAGAGACAGAACAGUAUUGAGGACAUUAUCAUAACAAAGCCAGAAAUCCUCCCUCCAAAACCCCAGACCCAUGUGGGCCUGCUCACGAGAAGGUUUGAUUUCUUCUCAACUGUGAGCAGCCCAGAUAACACUGAGUUCCAUGUCAGUGGAAGGUAGAGGGAAAUCCAUUUACAAGGCUUUGUAUUGAGUUGAUAUUGUGUACAGUUUACUCAGAGCACAAUGUCCUCAUUCAUACGGAGCAAUUGUUGACUGAGUGUAACUUCAAUAGCUGACUGACAACUCUCCUUUCUUACAUGUAAUUCAGCAACAAAAGCAAAGAAGAGGAGGCGUUCACUGGAAUAUUUGAUGGCAUAUUUUGAAAGGAUUGCAAAUUUAAAAUGUUAACAUUGUUUGCUUAAUGUUUAUGUUUUGUUCAAAUAUAAGUUUAAAUAAGAUGUUGAGCAUUUCAGAGCCAUGUUUUACAUAUUCAUACUGAAAAUGAAAAAAUGUUUCCAGUGAAAGUUCUAACUUUUACUCAAUUAUUUGGAGUAUGUGUAAUUAUCCAUUUAUUGAAGUGUGUUUAUCAAAUGGUUCAUCCCAGUCUUGGGUAAUAAACCAUAUCAUAUCCCUUG